AUGGCUUCCGAAGGCAAAGGGGUUCUGGUCAAGGCGGACCCCAUCGCAAACACUUUCCGGGAAGAGAUCAUGUCUGCACUGGCCGCAGCCCCGCGCCCACCCAAGCUCGUCGGCAUCCUCGCCACCGCAGCGGCCCCAAGCAGGUUCUACGCCGAGUUCACGAAGAAGCAGUGCGAUGCGCUUGGCGUCGAGUUCGUCCUGCGCACGGUGGGCACGGCGGCAGACGAGACGUUAGCCCCUGGGGAGGGCGUCGAGGAGGCGAUCAUCGAGGCGAAUGAGGACGACGGCGUAGACGGCAUCAUGGUCUACUAUCCCAUUUUCGGCGUGCAACAAGAUCACUACUUGCAGCAGAUCGUCUCUCCGUACAAGGAUGUCGAGGGACUGAACUUCAAAUUUCAUUACAAUCUCUACCACAACAUCCGCUUCCUAGACCCGAAGACGCUCACUUCUUCUCUGCCUGCCUCCGAUGCACCGCCCGCGGUAAACGACGAGCCCCCAGCAGGCCUCGUCAAAUCCAUCCUGCCGUGCACUCCCCUUGCGGUCGUCAAAAGUCUGGAACACAUCAGGGUGUACAACACUCUCUUGCCGUACGGCGACCGCGCAUACGGGAAGACUAUCACUGUCAUCAACAGGUCAGAGGUCGUUGGCCGCCCGCUUGCCGCGCUUCUUGCCAAUGACGGCGCGCGCGUAUUCUCCGUGGACAUCGACUCCAUCCAGGAAUACACAAAGCGCCCCCGCCAGAGCGCCGAGCAGCGCAAAUACCACCCGCGGCACGUCGUGCACCCUUGCACGCUCUCCCUCGAAGAGUGCCUCGCGCUCUCCGACGUCGUCGUCUCCGCCGUGCCGAGCGCGGCGUACAAGGUCAAGACGGCCGCGCUCAAGGACGGCUGUGUCUGCCUCAACGUCGCUGCGGACAAGAACUUCGAGACGGACGUCCGCGAGAAGGCUUCCCUGUAUUUGCCUACGAUCGGCAAGGUGACGAUCAUGAUGCUGCUGAGGAACCUGUGA